AGUUAAACGAAGAAAGCACGUAAGCAGCAACUAUUUAAUUCGGUGGAAGACUACUGGCUGUUGGAGCAGCUUUAUCACUCGUGCUGAGGAGAAGCAAGAACUUACAUUAAAAUGUUGGACCCAUCAUCCAGCGAGGAGGAGGCGGAUGGGGUUGUGGAAGAAGAGCGCAAAGUGGUGGCGGCGCCCAAGGCUGGUGGUCCUCGGGUGUCUCCAAGCAGGACCAGCGAAAGCUCUGGUGGGUUGCAGCCAAGCCGAAGCACCAAUGCCCGACCAACGAGCCCGAGCCCCUCAGUGGCGAUCGAGAAGGAAAAGGACGAUUUGGAAAAGAUGCAAAGGGAGGAAGAAGAGAGAAAGAAGAGGCUGCAGCUUUACGUCUUUGUGAUGCGCUGUAUUGCCUAUCCGUUUAAUGCGAAGCAGCCGACCGACAUGGCAAGACGACAGCAAAAGAUCAGCAAGCAGCACCUUCAGACAGUUAAAGAUCGUUUCCAGGCCUUUCUGAAUGGAGAGACUCAGAUUGUAGCCGAUGAAGCCUUCAUCAACGCUGUCCAAAGUUACUACGAGGUGUUCCUUAAAAGCGACCGCGUGUCCCGUAUGGUCCAAAGCGGCGGUUGCUCAGCCAGUGACUCUCGUGAGGUCUUCAAGAAGCACAUUGAGAAGCGUGUCCGCAGCCUGCCCGAGAUCGAUGGUCUGAGCAAGGAGACUGUCCUCAGCUCGUGGAUGGCCAAGUUUGACACCAUCUACAGGGGAGAAGAAGACCCACGCAAACACCAGCAGCGCAUGACAGCCAGCGCUGCCUCCGAGCUCAUUCUCAGCAAGGACCAGCUGUAUGAGAUGUUCCAACAGAUUCUUGGCAUUAAGAAGUUCGAGCACCAGCUGCUGUAUAAUGCUUGUCAGUUGGAUAAUCCUGAUGAACAGGCUGCCCAGAUCAGAAGAGAGCUGGAUGGACGGCUCCAAAUGGCUGAUCAAUUCACCAAAGCUGGCAGGUUCCCCAAGUUUGUGUCCAGGGACAUGGAGGCCAUGUACAUCGAGGAGCUAAAGUCAUCAGUGAACCUGCUGAUGGCCAAUCUGGAGAGUAUGCCGGUGUCUAAAGGAGGAGAGUUCAAACUGCAAAAGCUCAAGAGAGGCCAUAACACUUCCAUCAUUGACAUGGGCCAAGAGGACGAGAAUCAGCUUUCCAAGUCUGACGUAGUUUUGUCUUUCACUCUAGAGGUGGUGAUUAUGGAGGUACAGGGUCUAAAGUCUUUAGCGCCAAACCGGAUUGUUUACUGCACCAUGGAGGUGGAAGGUGGACAGAAACUUCAGACCGACCAGGCAGAGGCCUCCAAACCAACUUGGGGUACUCAAGGAGACUUCACAACCACUCAUCCACUUCCAGCAGUAAAGGUGAAACUCUUCACUGAGAGCACAGGAGUGCUGGCACUGGAGGACAAAGAGCUGGGACGGGUUUUAUUGCAUCCAACACCCAAUAGUCCCAAACAAUGUGAGCUCCAUAAAAUUACUGUUGCCAAAGGUUGCCCAGAUGACCUGAAGAUCAAAUUGGCUGUCCGUAUGGACAAACCACAGAACAUGAAGCACUGUGGGUAUAUUCCUGUUGUGCAAAGAAACCUGUGGAAAAGAUGGAAGAAGAGAUUCUUCGUCUUGGUGCAGGUCAGCCAGUACACCUUUGCCAUGUGUAGCUACAGGGAGAAGAAAGCAGAACCUGUUGAACUUCUCCAACUGGACGGAUACACUGUGGAUUACACCGACCCUCAGCCAGGUCUGGAUGGUGGUCGGACGUUCUUCAAUGCUGUGAAGGAGGGAGACACUGUGAUCUUCGCCAGCGAUGAUGAGCAAGAUCGAAUCCUGUGGGUUCAAGCGAUGUAUCGUGCCACGGGCCAGUCCCACAAACCCAUCCCCCCGACCCAGGUGCAGAAACUCAACGCCAAAGGAGGGACAGCACCACAGCUCGAUGCUCCCAUCUCUCAGUUCUAUGCAGACCGAGCACAGAAACAUGGAAUGGACGAGUUCAUCUCCGCUAACCCCUGCAAUUUUGACCACUCUUCGCUGUUUGAGAUGGUUCAGCGGUUGACACUGGAUCACAGGCUCAACGACUCAUACUCCUGCUUGGGUUGGUUCAGUCCAGGUCAGGUGUUUGUAUUUGAUGAGUACUGCGCCAGGUACGGAGUGCGAGGGUGUCACAGGCACCUGUGUUACCUGAAUGACCUGCUGGAGAGGGCAGAGAAAGGGUCCAUGAUCGACCCCACACUACUGCACUACAGCUACGCCUUCUGUGCCUCCCACGUGCACGGCAACAGUUCUGUCUUUUCUCCUCCCACUAAAAUCACUCCAUCCCUCUUCACUGUCCUGCCUUUUUAUCUCUCCAUACAUCCACUUUCCACCCAUGGGCAGAAACAGAGCCAAAGACUGAAUGAGCUACUAAAAUGGCCCAUGUCAGAGACCGAGCUGCUUAGUUCUCUGUUUCCCUCCCCCCCUGAGCCCUUGACCCCCUCUAAAAAAGAGAACAAAAUCAUGGAGGUCUGGAGAAAAAGAGAGUCUAAGUCGCAGGUGCUCACAGGCCCCAGAAGGCCUGAUGGAAUCGGUACGGUCACAGUAGAAGAGAAGGAACAGUUCGAGGAGAUCAAAGAACGACUGCGCGUACUACUCGAAAACCAGAUCACACACUUCAGGUAUUGCUUUCCAUUUGGACGCCCAGAAGGAGCCUUAAAAGCUACGCUGUCACUGCUUGAGAGGGUCUUAAUGAAGGACAUUGUGACACCCGCACCUCAAGACGAGGUGAAGACAGUGAUCCGUAAAUGUCUGGAGCAGGCAGCUUUAGUGAACUACCAGCGUCUCUCAGAAUACGCCAAGGUGGAAGGGAAAAAGAGAGAAAUGUAUGAGCAUCCUGUCUUCUGUUUGGCGUCACAAGUGAUGGAUUUAACUAUUCAAAAUGUAGGGCGCUUAGUCACACCUGCCAAAAAGCUUGAGGACACGCUCCGUCUGGCCGAGCUGGUCAUAGAGGUGCUCCAGCAGAAUGAAGAACAUCAUGCAGAAGGUAAAGAGGCAUUUGCUUGGUGGUCAGACCUGAUGGUUGAACAUGCCGAGACGUUUCUGUCUCUAUAUGCUGUGGACAUGGACGCGGCACUGGAGGUCCAACCACCAGACAGCUGGGACAGCUUCCCUCUCUUUCAGCUGCUCAAUGACUUCCUGCGCAUUGACUAUAAUCUAUGUAAUGGGAAGUUUCAUAAGCACCUGCAAGACCUGUUUGCCCCUCUGGUGGUGAGGUAUGUGGAUCUAAUGGAGUCCUCCAUAGCUCAGUCCAUACACAGAGGAUUUGAACGAGAAUCUUGGGAACCUGUCAAGAGUUUAACAAGUAAUCUGCCCAGUGUCAGCAUACCAAAUGUGAAUCUACAAAUGCCUAAAGUACCAAAUCUACCAGUGUCAGUUAAUCUGCCACCAAUGCAAAUGCUUAGCUUUUCCACCCCCAACUGGAUACCGGGUUUAUCUGAUACUGAUAAUGGAUCAGGGACAUCAGAAGACUUGUUUUGGAAGCUGGAUGCAUUGCAGACAUUCAUCAGAGACCUGCACUGGCCAGAAGAAGAGUUUGCCAAGCACUUGGAGAGCCGACUCAAACUCAUGUCCAGUGACAUGAUCGAGUCCUGUGUAAAAAGAACCAGAGCAGCCUUUGAGGUGAAGUUGCAGAAGAGUCCACGCACUACAGACUUCCGUGUCCCCCAGUCCAUAUGCACCAUGUUCAACGUCAUGGUGGACGCCAAGGCCCAAUCGGCCAAACUAUGUGCCAUGGAGCUCAGCCAAGAGUUUGUUAGAGAAUGGAGACAGUACCACUCGCAAAUAGACAAUCUCAUCGAGGAGAUGGUGAAAGAAAUGAUUACUUUACUCGUGGCAAAGUUUGUUGUGAUCCUAGAGAGUGUUCUGGCAAAGUUGUCACGUUAUGAUGAAGGCACACUUUUUUCCUCCUUCCUGUCAUUUACAGUAAAAGCUGCUUCAAAAUAUGUGGACGUACCUAAACCUGGGAUGGAUGUUGCCGACAGCUAUGUGACAUUAGUUCGCCACUCUCAGGAUGUCUUGCGGGACAAGGUCAAUGAGGAGAUGUAUAUAGAAAGGUUAUUUGAUCAAUGGUACACCAGCACAAUGAAUCUCCUGGGCACCUGGCUGACAGACCGUAUGGACCUGCAGUUGCAUGUGUAUCAGCUGAAAAUCCUCAUCAGAAUUAUAAAGAAAAAGUAUCGUGAUUUCCGACUACAAGGUGUGUUGGACUCCACUCUGAACAGCAAGAUGUAUGAGACGGUGAGAAACAGGCUGAUUCUAGAAGAGGCUACAGCAUCUGUAAGAGAGGGAGGGAUGCAAGGAAUAUCCAUGAAGGACAGCGAUGAGGAAGAUGACUAGAUCCUGCUGGAGACAAUUAGGUGUGGGCAAUUCGGUUAGACACGUUUAUUGUGGCCUAAAAUGAUGCAUGUACACCACUGUCCAUCGCUUGUACAUGUCUGGAUGUUAACGUCAUGUUCUAUGACAAAUAAGGGACCAACUUCAAUUCAAAUUAAACUAAAAAAUACAAAUCUCAAUUCAGAUGACAAAAACAAAAGAGUAUAUUAACCGAACUUAAAAUUAAUUGACACAGUUUGAUGUUUUUCUGGGGGGGAAAAUAAGUGAAAUGUCUGAAAUUCAUUUCUAAAUGUUUAUAAGCAAUAUGGAGUAUCAUUUGUAAAAUAUGUUGUGUGAGAUGGUAAGGAAUAAUGCUUGUCGUGUCCCUGUUCAAUGCAAAUCCGUAUGGCGCUGCUUCAAUGUAUUGUAAAUACAUUAAUGGUACAUAACUUUGCAUAGACCUUGUUUCUUUUGGAGUGUAGGCCAACUGACAUGAUUGUAUUAACUUGUUCAGAUGUUUAUAUAUUCAGCUGACUUCAACAACAUGUCAAAAAUCCAAAAUGUUUUGAGACACCUUUUUUAACGAGUUAGUUAUGGUGAUAUGUUUGUAGCUGUAUUUUAGAGACGCAAUAUAUUCCCAUUGCUUAUUUGUGAUAUACUUAAACUGACGUCAAUACUUUUUUAUGUUUUUAAGCCAUGCAUAAUUAAAAAAAAAAAAUCUAAAAUAUAUUUAUUCUGUAUUUUGGGGGUGGGAUCACAAGGAGGCUUUUUGUUUGUAUCCUUUUUGUUUCUUUGCAACAAAGCAUUUCUGAUCCUUCUUUUCGGAUAGCCUCCAAAUGCUUGCAGGUUUUCAUCAUUGCCAUUGUUGUUUUGUGUAUACAGCGCUUUAUAUUCCCCUUUGUGCAGUAGCUGCAUGUCCCAAUUGUCAGAUAUCUUAUCCGAAAGCUUUUGAUUUUGUGGAAAGUAACCGGUGGAUUCAUCUUGCGUCAGCCUUAUGUACACCCACAGUUGGAAUGCAAGAAU